AUGGCCUCGGUGGGUCCCCCUGCAGCCUCCACACAGCCUGCCUUGCCCUCCGGACUUGCCGUCUUCAAAACCGUCCCCUACGCAUUCAUCCUACCCGAGAUACUCUGCGGGACCUGGGUGUGGAUCCUUGUUGCUGCUACUUCUGUUGCCUUCCCGCUGCUGCAGGGAUGGGUGAUGUACGUGUCCCUCAGCUCCUGCCUCAUCUCCCUGCUGCUCCUCUUGGGCUACCUCUUCAGCUUUCACAAAAACAGCGAGAACUGGAAAGUGCUGGACAGCUUGUACCAUGGCGCCACGGCCAUUCUGUACAUGAGCGCCGCUGUCUUGCAAGCCAACGCAACAAUUCGCUCUGAGUUUGAGACCACCUCGCUUUACUACCAGCUCAACACCGCCGCAUCGUUCUUUGCCUUCGUCACGACUUUCCUGUACAUCCUUCACGCCUUCAGCAUCUACUACCAGUGA